GAGAAGAUUCAGCGACCGCUUCCUGACGUGCACCUCACAUGGUUCGCUCGACAUCCAAAACCAAGGUUUCGCGACUCACGAACGACAUGCAUGGAAAAUAGAACUUAACGUAAAGUUCGAGCCCCGUCGAGAAGUCCUCCCGGCAGCUGGAGGCAUCGACGGGUAGCGCAAUGGCGGACCAAGAUGUCAGCCCACCCUCAAACCUUCCUCCGCGACGCGCCGCCGGACGCCUUCACCCUGCCUCCCGUGAGGUUGACGAUACCGAGAAAGCCUUCCUGAAUGCAGUGGCGCCCGACUCGACCACAGCCUUUUCGUCGGCCGAAGACCAACCCAGGGGUCAACCACUCUCGAGCACCACCCAUCGCAGUGAUGCCGAGAAACGGCUCUCAGCAGGCGCCCAUCGUGCCCAUAAGCCCCGAUCGAGCCGUGCCUUCCUGCUAGCGAAUUCUCUCUUGAGCCGUAGCAAGUCUGCCCAACACCACGACGUGCAGCCAUACACGCCUCCGGACAAGCGGCAGUCUCGGCAACAUCACGCGGAGCAACGCGGAUCCAAAUAUGUCCAUCAUGGGCCGGCGGGUUCAAUGUCGAGGGCAUCCUCAAGUAGCAUGCCAGGUGUUGCUUCUGAUCCGGGAAAUGGCCCCGAGCUCAGCGGGCAAGUCGAAGAACGCUCGACGUCAACCACCGUCACAAAACGCGACUCCUUCAAUGGGGACACAGCCGUCGACUCCCCUUCGAGCAUCGCUCAACUAGACAUGGAAUCGACCCAAAUUGUUACAAUGGCUCUGAACUUGAGCGAGUCGAGGAGGCUAGCAGCUCGGCGGAACGUUUCGCAGCCGACUCCGCCAAGACUAGCCCCCCUUCCAGAUGGCGCGCCAGGAGGGAGCCUCCGAUACCAUCUCCAACAGCAGAGGAAGAUGUCUCGUACAGUUUCUCCCAAACCCGACCGGUCGCCCCGAAUGGGCUCCGGACGGGCUUUCACGCCCUUACAGCCCGCUUUCGAGCCGGGAGCAACCUACCGCUACCAUUUCUCGACCUCGACCCUGGCAAGGGUGCAGAAGGCCAAGGAGUAUCUCGAACUGAUGGCACAAUACCGGCGAGCUCUUGAGUUGCUUGCUCCACUAGAGCCCGAGCGGACAACACCUAGACCGUGGACCGUCACCCCUCCAGUGACGCCGAACGGCUCGGCUCCCGUGUCACGAAUGCCCAGCGGCGAACCGGAGACACGGAUCGGGCGGCCCUAUAAUCCGCUACAAUACAUUCGAAACCGUAAAGUUCGAGCUCGGGAGAGAAAGGCCAUUGAUGGUGCCGCCCAAGGGUUCGAUGAUGCCGCGCGAGUCUCGGAAUGGAUAGACGAGGUCGCUAAGUGGGUUGCCACGGGGCAGGCUCGCAUACCCGGGAAUCCUGCUCUGCCCCCGUUCCCUAGCACUCAAGCGGCCGACCUGCAAGGCUCUCCACCAUCAUCAAAUGGGAGAACAUCCGUUGUGACGAAGCCGAAACGUCCACGGGUUGACUGGGUGAUCGACCCUGCUGACAUGCUAGCAGACGUGUACUGGCUGGAGCUUGAUGACAACAAGAAGCUAGUUGAAGAUCGCCAUUGGAGGCGCGUCUUCCCCCAGAAGCUUGAUGUCGCUCGGCCAUUAUCACGCGAUGAGACACCGCGUCUGGCCACGCCAAGGUCGGCUAAGGAGUUGUCAGAUGCGCACACGCCAGGUGAAAAAGCAACUUCCGAUCCGCCAUCCUCCAGACACCAGACGGAGCAUGUCCUAAGCGCGGCUCGGGAUCGGGCUCAGCAGAAGCUACAGGCGCUCAAGGGCUCGCAUCACCGGCACUCCAGCUUGAUUGUUAAUCGCGACCUGCUCCGCCUUCACCGCGGCUCAGGUUCUGAAUCGUCUGACACUGACAGUGAUCGCCGACGACGGGCGAGGGGCGGCGCCGCGGGUAGCACCGUGAGGUCUGUCUUAGAGAAGCAGAUGGAGGAAAUGAUCGCGAGGGAGCAGAAAGAAGCCGAAUGGCACCCGCUCUAUGACCACGAGGCUAAGCGUAUGAGGUUCGCCUCGCCAUCUCCUGAGCUAGAUGCGCAGCAUGCAUCACAGGAUCCCAAGGGUCCGGGCGGAGCCGACUCACACGCAGAACUGAGUGAGGCAGAGGCCAGGGGACUCGGUCUGAAGCCGCUCCCAUGGACGCAUUCUUCGCCACCAUACACCACCGCUCGCAACAGUCUCGACGUUCCGGGGAGCAAACGUGUUUCUGUUGACGACGGCAUAUCACAACCAACCUCUCCGGCCUUACGACCAUCUCACGACGGCGGGUUGAUUCCAGCGAUUGGAAUGGACCUGUCACCCGUGUCCAGCAGACCCAGUUCACCGCACCGGAAUCCGUUGACAAGAGUAAGAAGCUUCUUCCGCGAACGUAGUAGGGAACGCGGCACAGAGGGCCACCUCACCGGAGAAGAAGCGGCUGGGAUGUUGAGCUCUCCGUCUGACAACUGGAUCGCGCCGCCGGAGUCCGCCGAAAGCAGCGGCGCGUCGUUGCCACAGCGGAGGGCCUCCAGGAGUCCCGUCGGAGACGGGGUGAUGAGCCACCGGUCGCAUAAAAGCCUCAGCAGUGUCAGGCUACGCGGAGAAGAUGGCGGUAUCAGCCUUCGAUCUUUGAUUCGAGGCCAACGCAUUGAUACUGUUCUGCGCAGCGGCGUCUCCAAAGUCAGCGACAUGUUUUGGCGGAAAGACGCUAGCGAUGAGCAAUCCUCCAGCACAUCAUCUGAUGACUCUGAGGACGAGGUCAGGGGAAGAUCGCGGGGCAUCUUACAUGGCCGCAGUCUCUCCGUGCAAGAUGCAAAGCUCUUGUCUCCCGGCGGGUCCCAGCUCAACCCUGAUCACGCCAAGUCUGGUUCUCAUGGCCAACUCCUGCACCCACCAUCAAGGCCAAUCAGCCGACGGUCAUCACGAUUCGAUCUGCUCAAGCCGCCUAGAAUCAAUGUCCAGAGCGCCUCAUCAAGUCAGACCGCGACACCCGUUUUGGUGCCUCAGCAGGAGCCUCCUGGAUCGGACACGGAGUCGCUAGCCGGACGGGAUGACGUACGAGCGCCCGCAGCUAGCCUUGACGCUGUGCUUACAGUCCACAACCCUCACCGUCAUUCAACAACAUCCUCCAGCCGGCAAUGGUCCAUCCCUGACCGCGGUGCCUCUACCGGCUCGGCAGUCUCUAGGCGCGAAAUCGCCCGCCUCCGCGCGCUCCUGCUCAGCUCAGGCAUCCACGCAAUGGAGCUUGACCGCCGCGCUAAACAGCGCAAGCUGCUUCCCUCCCCAAUGCUCACCACCGCCACCAGCAAACCGCCGCCGUCCUCGAACUGGCAGGAAAUAGUCCGCCUUGCUCCCGACGCUUCCGCUCAGCAGCGCCUCCUCAAUACCCCGCUCACACGAACCGACUUCUACCCCAUCGCCGCCCGCACCCUCGCCUCGUCGGUCGAGAAGUCCGCCGCGCACUUCAACUCCCUCUCUUCCAAGUUCAGCGCCGAGACAGCCCCCGAGCUGAUCGCGCGCAUUGAGGCGCUCCGGAGCAAGGUGGACGGCGAGCUGACGGCCCUCACCCGGUCGGCGGCCGACGCCGCGGACGAGGCCAACCACGACCUCGUGGUGGGGCAGCGGUUGAAGGUGAAGAGGGUAGUGGACUCGAUGGAGACCAUGUUGAGGCGGCGGCGGCGGCGGUUGAGAUGGGUGAGACGGGCAGGCUGGCUCGUGGUGGAGUGGUUGCUGGUCGGGUGUAUGUGGUAUGUUUGGUUUGUGGUGAUGAUCGCACGGGUUGUGCUUGGGGUCGGGAAAGGGUUUGUGAGAGGGGUGAGGUGGUUGCUGUGGUUGUGAUACACCCACCCACACACACACUUCCCCCCCCCCCCCCCCCCCCCCC